AUGGAACUAAAUCUCACAAACCUGGAGUACCAGAAUAACCAAAUGGAACUAAAUCUCACAAACCUGGAGUACGAGAAUAAGCAAACGGAACUAAAUCUCACAAACCUGGAGUACGAGAUUAAGCAACUAGAACUAAAUCUCACAAACCUGGAGUACGAGUAUAAGCAACUGGAACUAAAUCUCACAAACCUGGAGAACGAGUAUAAGCAACUGGAACUAAAUCUCACAAACCUGGAGUUCAAGACUAAACAAAUGGAACUAAAUCUCACAAACCUGGAGUACGAGAAUAAGCAAAUGGAACUAAAUCUCACAAACCUGGAGUACGAGAAUAAGCAAAUGGAACUAAAUCUCACAAACCUGGAGUACGAGAUUAAACAAACGGAACUAAAUCUCACAAACCUGGAGUACGAGAAUAAGCAACUGGAACUAAAUCUCACAAACCUGGAGUACGAGACUAAACAAAUGGAACUAAAUCUCACAAACCUGGAGUACGAGAAUAAGCAAACGGAACUAAAUCUCACAAACCUGGAGUACGAGAUUAAACAAACGGAACUAAAUCUCACAAACCUGGAGUACGAGAAUAAGCAAACGGAACUAAAUCUCGCAAACCUGGAGUACGAGAAUAAGCAAAUGGAACUAAAUCUCACAAACCUGGAGUACGAGAUUAAACAAACGGAACUAAAUCUCACAAACCUGGAGAUAGACGGCACCAAAGAAGUUGAGAAAGCCACCUCCAUCUACCACGGGCAGGUCCUUGGUGGGCUCAACAUCAGCAUCCAUCUUGCAACCUCCGGCCCACAUCUCGCUAGACAUCCCCACCAAGUUUCUCUACACCUUGCAGCGAACAUCCACUCUUGCUUGUUGCAGGUCGUCAGGUCCUGUGUGUUGCACAGGUCACAGUGCCCAUGUGGCACCCUGACCGGAUGA